GUCGGGUCGAUACUCACCCACACUCUAUUUCCCGGCGUAGUGGUGGGCUAUGGGGGCGCAGGCGCGGCCUCGUACGCUCCUGAGAGCUCCUUCCCGCCAUAUUAGCCAGCAUGGGGUAGGCGAGGAUGUUCGACAGGGGUGAUACGGGCUAUUUCUUUUCCCACAAGGUAAUCCGUGUACCUGUGUCGCGUGGUCUUACAUACCUGUCCUCUUAUCUAUCCCGCAGUGUCUAUAGCCGUGGAAACCGGCUAAUUUUGGUCCCGAUAAAUCGUCAACGUCCUCGAAAGAGUCGUCAAGGUGUACAAGGGUGGACCGGUGUGAAUCCCCAGUUGUUGGGAUUCUCGUGAUUCCUCGACACUUGGUGAGAGUAUAAUCGUAGGUGUGCUCGCAUGGAUAAACGCACGAAUAGCAUCACGGCGAGAACCACGGAUCUCGAUACCUCGACGGCAAAGGGGAAAGAAGAGAAGCAGAGGGCCUGGACACCGGGUGAAACGAGGAAGAGAAGGGCUGAGAGCAGCUCUUGCACAAUCAAGGGUGAGGAACUCCUCACCGCUUCCGACGGCCUUCCCGAGGACACAUCUAACAAAAGAGGUUGCAAAUCGGCCGCGCAAGUGUGGAUGUCUUUAUUGUCCUUGUGCGACCGGAUGUGCGGCUCUGCCGCGUGGCUCGUCCUCUUCACAUGCCUCCACGGGGAGGGCCGGGGAGAAGUGACAGACAUAAGCGCAAGUCCUGGAAGGCAAGCACCUGCCAACCAGUUGCGCCCCAAGGAACCACCCCCCAUGGUCAUUCAGGGAGACUUCAGGAAGGUGAGUGGUAUCAGCACAGAGAUAUUCAAGCAGAUCGAAACCGUCGAAAACGAUCAUGACGCCUCGACAGCAGCCGCCCUCGAAGCUGUCGAACGAAGGGGUGAGAUGGUUGUCCGGGUCAUCGAGCCACGACAGAUGGGCAGGCAGGCAUCCGAAGCGGCGAAGAAAUUCAUUGCUAUGCAGGAUCCAAAACAACCUAUCCAUUUUGUUGAAAUAAUUAAAAGACCAGGACAAACAUUGGGAUUAUACAUACGAGAAGGUAAUGGUGUCGAUAGAAAUGAUGGUGUUUUUAUCUCGAGAAUAGCUCUGGAGACCGCAGUCUAUAACAGCGGCUGCCUAAAGGUUGGAGAUGAGAUUCUAGCAGUAAAUCUGGUCGAUGUGACGCACAUGAGCCUGGACGAUGUUGUAAUCAUUAUGUCAAUACCCAGAAGACUCGUUUUGGCGACAAGACACGGCCAACACCAGCCAGUUUCGCACAGUCGUCAGACUGAACAUAAGGCACCUCCAGUUGUAGUGAUCAAGAGAGAGCUAAAUGAAGAUGAAAGUGAUCAUGCAACAAGCAAUCAUGUCAGGGAUGGCAGUCGUAGACGUGGCGAUGGUCGUGAGAUGCUACCUUCUCGAUCAAGGUUAGGUCUGACAGGUCUAGGUUCCAGUCAAGAUCUCGGAUCCAGUAAUGGCGAUUUGUAUUACAAUUCUAGACCGGAAGGGCAUUGGUCUUAUCAACCACCACCACCUCCUGUAAUUACACAUCAGCCUAAACCCUCUACAACACAACAUUUCCAGCCUUAUGAGCGUGGAUAUCCAAAAACAUUGGAGAGUUUGGCUGAAAAAGAUUUCACAAAGGUACAUUCCUUCUACACGGGGCCAGUUAUGCCCUCUAAUGGUCGUCGGAUGUCCACGGGUGCAGGAAUGCAAUCAGUUGGUAGCAGAUUAUCUAGUCAAACUCAAUCAACGCAUUAUGGUUAUGGUCAGCAUACUGGAACUGGAAGAAUCAUGCCUAGAAGCGGUUCGGAUCAACAUUUACCUCGGGUUGAUUACACGAGCAUCACAACUCCAGCUAGACAUACUCUUCUUAGAUCCAGUUUGAAGUCAGGAACUUCUGCGUUGAGAUACAAUACCAGAUAUGGUACUCAGGGAGAUAGCGCGUCAACUACACAAAGACAAGGACAAUUUGGUACUCUGACUAGAAGGCAUCGACCAUCAUUGGAUUAUGCUUCCGAUACCGAAGCAACCUGUUCAAGUUCGCCUAAAUCGGCUUAUUAUUACUACAGGCACAAUAUGAAUAAUCCGCCACAAAGUAGUGCUGUCUCGCAUCUUGCCACCCUCUCAAGGUCACAGAUUGGUCAGAGUUCCUCAGGCUUGAGAUCGAAUUCGUUGCCUCGUAGUGGCAGAACAUUGCCUCAGCAACCAGGUCUCAGGUCUGGACUUAGCACAGUAGCAUCUGGACUAAUAGAUCAGGAAGAUAGUGAUGGUGCACUGUCAGCGCCUGAACUACCUUCCAUCAGACGCGAUAGAGGAAGAAUACCAUCAUCACCUAGUGUGUUCACAUCAGAUGAGUACCGGGCAUGGUUGAGUCGAACGCCGAGUACCAGUGCAUUGUACGAGCAGAUCAGAGCCACUACAACCAGACCACCACGUUAUACCUAUAGUGCAGAAAAUAUUCAUGCAGCUGCAAAUCAAGGUGAAUAUGGAAGCUAUGGAGCAUAUAGACCACUUUCCAGCACAUUAGAUCGUUUGUCAACAAGAUCAGCCUCUGCACAACAAGUGAAUCUUGCCAAUUUAAGAGCAUCGACGGCAAUAAGUUCAACAUGUCCUCGUGGAACAGCGAAUCAAAGACCGGCCUCGGUUGCAUCCAGUGCUCGUACUUCUUUGACGAGUCAGAAACCAUCAUUGAGUAGCUCCACUACUCAGAGGGCAACGUCAGUCAGGAGAAUCAGAAACCUGCUAGACCUAGAGUCCACGCGAAGCAUACCUACCCCCACGCCUACCAGAACUCAGGAUCAAAGACUGCUAGAUAUUAAUCCUGCAGAGUUCCUUAAAUAUAAGAUAGAAAAACCUCCAACUGUUGGAACUCCGAGCUCUACCAGCUCUCUUUUGAGCUCACUCGGAGAAACUAGCAGCGGCGAUUUGGCGGGAGGCGUUAGUGGGCUUCUCUGGGUUCAUCUUCUGGCUGGACGUGGUCUUCGUUCGACAACAUCUUCCUCGGCAGCUACUACACCUUCCACACCAUCAGGUCAGCCUAAUUUAGCUAGUUGCGGUUUGAGAGACCUUUACUGUGUACUGGAGUGCGAUAGAGUACACAAGGCGAGGACAGUGAUGCGAACCGGUGAUUUGAUGUUCGACUGGGACGAAACCUUCGAGCUGGAUCUCGUUGGCAACCGUCAAUUAGAUUUGCUGGUCUAUUCAUGGGACCCACAGUAUAGGCACAAGUUGUGUUACAAAGGAUCUGUACAUCUGGCAACUCUUUUGAAGGAGUCACCAGUUCAUCAGUUAGCUGUCAAAGUCGAACCACGUGGUACAAUUUAUCUAAGACUGCGAUACACUGAUGCUCAGCAGACAUUCCGAAGAAGAGGACUUCCGGUUAUAUCUCUUGCCACCAGGGUAGCACCCCUCUUUGGAGUUGAUCUUGACACGGUGGUAAGUCGAGAAAGCAAGACUGGUGGAGUUCCUGGAGGUGUUUCUACCGCUUUAGCAAUGGGCGUUCCAAAUGUGCCCAUAAUUGUAUGGCGUUGUGUCGAAGAAGUUGAAAGAAGAGGUCUUGAUAUUAUUGGUUUAUAUAGGCUUUGUGGAUCAGCUACAAAGAAGAGGAUACUUAGAGAAGCUUUUGAAAGGAAUGCUCGUUCAGUAAAUUUAUCGCCUGAUAAUGUGCCAGAUAUCAAUGUGAUUACUGGUGUACUAAAAGAUUACUUGCGAGAACUUCCAGAACCACUCUUCACGAAGUGCCUCUACCAAAUGAUGGUCGAUGCACUGGCCGUCUGUCUACCAGAUGAUCCACAGGGCAAUGCAAAACUCAUGUUUAGUAUACUUGAUUGUUUACCAAAAGUGAACAGGUGUACAUUAAUAUAUUUGCUCGACCAUUUGGCAAUGGUGGUAUCCCAAUGCAAUAAAAUGUCUCCAGCAAGUUUGGCAGUUUGUUUUGGACCAGUGUUAAUGCUACAUUCAGAAGAAAACGGACCACCUCUGGAUUUCCAACAACCAAUAGCAGUUCUCAAAUACCUUCUUGAGAUUUGGCCUGUUAAGUCAGUUCGGAAGAUUUCUUCAGUCGCUUCAGCGCUUCCUCGAGUUACGCCAGUAGUCGAGCACAACAACAGUCAGCAGCAACUGCAGCAGCAGCAGCAGCAUUGGCAGCCUCAACACUCACUUCAUCAACAGCCCCCAACUACGGUACCACCCGCAGCUCUCGCGUCCUCCACUCGUCCACCACCACCGGUCAAGCCUCGACAGGUGAUAGUCUCGUCUCCCGGUUCACCUAGCAGCGAGGAGUCAGAAGUCUCGCCGGAACCGAUUAAUAAGAACCUCCUCGGCGGUCUGGGACUCGAAAAGAGCAACGAAGGGACCACAGUGAACUCCACUGGUCCAGGAACAGAACAAAUUACACCGACCAGUAGUGUUGACACUGAGGAGGGGAAUAUACCACAUCUAGAAGAAGGCGAAAAGGGAGUUGAGGGUGAUAUAGAAGCUAGUGACGACGAUCGACAUCAGCACGUAUCCAAGACGCAUUAAAAUUUCAUUAAACAUAUGGAUUAAUUAUAAGUCGAGGGUAUGCGCCCAUAACUUAAACAUCUCCAUUUCGAUUUGACAAUUUGAAGAAUUUUGCUUUUUUUUUUUAUUGAAUAAAUAUUAAAAAGAAACAAUGUUGGGCAUCGAGCGAUGAAUAUUUAAAAAGAUUAGGAUUUGAAUUCAAUGGAAAGAUAACAUUAAUCGAUUCAAUUAGUUGAAAAGAUUAAUUGUAAUCUAGUUAAUUGUUAAAAUAGACUGUGAACAGCAAAGUCUGAUUACAGUUUUUGUAAAUUUAUUUAUUGACAUAAGAAGAAAGUUUGAUUAUAUAUGAAUAUAUUGCAUGAUACUGGUGCUGCAAAGGCUGAUGGUAAUAAAGAAAUAAUGGAUUUUGAAGUCUGUUAAAACAAAUAUCUAUAGAUUGGUUAAAAGUUUUUGUUAUUCACAAAUAUGUUUGUUACAAUCGUUUAAGGAAGAGUGAGGUUAAGUUUUUAAGACAUUGCUUAUUAUUCAAAAUUAAAUAGAAUGGUAAGCAAUGUGUUAAAGAAGUUUUUCUUUUAUCUUAGCAUACAAUUUUUAUGAUGUGUUGAUAAACGCUGGAAAAAAAAAAUACAUUCUAUUUCUGAUUUCUCGAAGACAUUCAACGCGUUGACUGCUUCGAUUUAGAAACUUAGAAAAAUUUAGAAACUUGUGCUAAUAUCGUGCUAUAAUUAAUAAUUUAUAUGACAAAAUGAUUUUUUAAUUUUUAAUGCAUACUAGCUAUAGAGCAACAAAAAAGUUUUUUUUUAGAAUGUUAUUAUUGCAUUGUUGGCUGUGUUAGAAAAAUAAUUUUCUUUGUUAUAUGAUGUUGUGUUUUAAAAUAUUUAUGGACGUUUUCUUGUAACAGUCAACGCGUCAAAUCGCACACAUAUUUCUCUGAGAAUGUUGCAUUUAAAAAAUUUUGUAAUUUAUACGAAACUCGAGGCUGAAUAUUUGUCGCCAGACGCACAAUAAAAGCGAUCAUUGUUUCCCAGAUGAAACGACGCGCAUAAUGGGACCACUGCGAAUAUUCAUUAUAAAAUCAUCGUGAAGAAAUGAGAUCUAACGCUAACAUUGACGAUCUGACGACUAACUAAAAGCCUUCUGCAAGUUUUAUAUGUAUACGAGUUUGUUUUCGUAUUGCUCAUCAGAUAUAAAGAUAGCCCAUCAAA